AUGGUCAAGUUAUCCACAAUUAUUUUCAUCUUCGCGGUCAUUGCAACAGCCCAUGGUGUUGCUGUGGUGAAAAGGGAUCCACCUCGGUCAAUAACCGUUGAGAGCAAAUUUGUAUUCUGCAUAUUCCUUCCAAAAAAACCUGGUGAAAUAAUCGGUAAUAGCGAACAGGAUGCUAUCCCUUUCUGCACCAAAUCCAGUCCCAAUGCAACCGGUGCCAAAAUUUUCCCUUCCGGAUUCAUCAAGACAGCGUUUUUCAAGAAAGAAGCUGAUUUCGUCCAAGUCACUGGUACCAUUGAUAGAACUAAAUACAAAUUGAAGAAAAGUGACGGAGGAGGUCAAUAUGACAUUAGAGCUCCUCUUCAUGCAAAUUGUACCGGGUUCAAGAAUUUUGUGAACAUUAUUGAGCCUGACGAAAACAUAUUCUGUAUUCGUUGCUGCAAUGACAUCACAAAGUGCAAUACUUCAAUAAGUACUAAAGGAUGCAAAUCUGUCGUCCAUGGUCAUUACG